AUGGCCUGGAUAUGUGCGCUGCACACUGAGGUUGCGGCGGCCCAGGCCAUGCUGGACGAGACGCAUCCCCCGCUCUCGGCGCUCAACGGCGACGGCAACGCGUACACUUUGGGCACCAUCGAGAAGCAUCGCGUUGUUAUCGCAUGCCUGCCAGUGGGACAGUAUGGCACCAACAACGCGGCCAACGUUGUGACGAACCUGCGCCGGACUUUUCCAUCCAUCCGCGCGGGUUUGAUGGUGGGCAUCGGCGUCUUAUACGAGGAUUCGAGCAGUAGUGAGAAUUAA